UCCAUGACCCUUACUGUUCAUAGUAGCCAGCUCCUAGGGUGCCACAAUGCACCCUGCCGAGCUCGGCAAAGAAGAUUGGUAUUCUGGUCAUUUAGACGUCGGUGAUGGGCACCAAGUCUAUUUCGAGGUGCAUGGCGCGGAAAAUGGCGUUCCUGCGCUGGUUGUCCACGGCGGCCCGGGUGCCGGCUGCUACUUGAACCACACGCGCUUCUUUGAUCUGGAGCGCUACAAGGUAGUGCUUCUGGACCAGCGCGGCUGCGGUCGGUCCACGCCGCGAGGAUGCCUCUCGGCCAACACUACCCAGCACCUGGUCAGCGACAUGGAGGCCCUCCGGCGACACCUGGGCCUCAGCCGCUGGCUGCUGUUCGGGGGCUCUUGGGGCGUGGCGCUGUCGCUCGCGUACGCGCUGCAGCAUCCCGACAGGGUGCUGGCCAUGGUGCUUCGCGGCGUAUGCACCAUGCGGGACUCCGAGAUCCACUGGAUGUUCGGCGGCGGCGCGGGCGCACUCAAGCCCUGGGCAUGGCAGCGCUUCCUCGACCACCUGGGUGAUGACCCCGCAGACCGAGCCAAUCCCCUCCUCGCCUACUACGCCCGGCUUCUGUCGCCCGAUGCAAACGUCCGUGACGCAGCGGCUCGAAGCUGGAUGGAGCUGGAAAUGGCGGUCGGCUUCGACUCGCGCUCCCAGCUGCUGGACUGGGACGGCGAGCGGUGGGCCUACGAGACCUUCCCGGCCGCACCCGACUCGCGCAAGCCGCUGAGCGCGCUGCAGCCUCGGCCCGCGUCCUCCUCUCCUGUGUCCGCGGCCCCUACCUCGACUCCUCGUCCCUCGGCCACGGAGGCAAAUGCGAAGGCUGCAGCAGCGGGCCCCGCUGCCGCGGCGGCGGAGCUUCUGGCUCGGGGCCUGGCGUUCCGAGGCGACGCCCGCAUGUCUGGCAGCACGGCCCAGGCGUUGUUGGAGUGCCACUACAGCGUGCACGGCGCAUUCCUCCGCGGCAGCAGCACCACCACCACCACCCGCAACGGCAACGGCAGUAGCACCGAUGGCAGCAGCACCGGCAUAAGCAGUCGCAGCCUGAGCAGCGUCGGCGGCAGCAUGGACGGCGACCAGCCAGGCACCCUGCCGCGGCCGCAGCGUCCCGGGCCCCGCUCGCGGCAGCCCCCGCCACCCGCCCUCGCCCCAACCUCUUCACCGUCCUCACCCGCCGUCCCUCCGGCGGCCCGGGCCACCCCUAGCCACUGGCCACCGCUGCUGCACAGCGUGGGCUCGGGUCGGCUGAGCGGCAUCCCCGCUGUGGCCGUGCACGGCCAGCUGGACUUCGUGUGCCCCGCCACCACGGCCUACGAGCUGUGCCGCGCCUGGCCGGAGCUGCGGCUGCGGCUGGUGCCAGGCGCCGGCCACAGCAUGUACGACCCCGCCAUCACACACGAGCUGGUGGAGGCCACACGGCUGCUGUACGACGCGGCGGCGGCCCGGUACUACGGCGGCAGCGGUGAUGGCGAUGCUGGCGUUGGCAUCGGCAGCAGCGGCAGCGCCGGCGGUAGCAAGGGAUAACCGCGCAACGGAGCAGAGGGGAACAGCGGGCCUUGCUGGCGCGCAACGUGUAGGCAGCGGAGGCGGGUCGCCAACACC